GGGAGUGUUUUUGUUUUGGGUUGAAGUUGAGGCUGAGGGGAGAGAAGAGCUAGCGACAGGCAGUCGUCGCAGCCGCCGGCUCUGCGGGAGGUGGAGGAGGCCCCGCCGGAGCCCAGAGGUUUCUGCUCCUCGCUGACGGCCCCUGCCCGCCGCUCCUCCACCUCCUCCCGGUCCCGGAACUCCCGGGCCUGCCCGGGGCCCCCAGUCUUUGCACUCCGCACGCCGUAGCACCCGGCCUCGGCCGCACCCGCCGACCCCAUGAGGAGGGACGUGAACGGAGUGACCAAGAGCAGGUUUGAGGAAACUGGGGAUUUUUUUCUCCAAGAAAAUGGAAGCUGAGGGUUCUGGACCCAGGAACAUCAGAUGCAUGAAGAGGAUAGGGGUUUGGAGCCAAGGAAUUAAAUGAAAAUCUGCAUACAGACUGAUGUUCUCAAAUAGUGAUGAAGCUGUAAUCAAUAAAAAACUUCCCAAAGAACUCCUAUUACGGAUAUUUUCUUUUCUGGAUGUUGUUACCUUGUGUCGCUGUGCUCAGGUCUCCAGGGCCUGGAAUGUUCUGGCUCUGGAUGGCAGUAACUGGCAGCGAAUUGACCUGUUUGAUUUCCAGAGGGAUAUUGAGGGCCGGGUAGUGGAGAAUAUUUCAAAACGAUGUGGGGGCUUUUUACGAAAGUUAAGUCUUCGUGGGUGUCUUGGAGUAGGAGACAAUGCAUUAAGGACCUUUGCACAAAAUUGUAGGAACAUUGAAGUACUGAAUCUAAAUGGGUGUACGAAGACUACAGAUGCUACAUGUACUAGCCUUAGCAAGUUCUGUUCCAAACUCAGGCACCUUGACUUGGCUUCCUGUACAUCAAUAACAAACAUGUCUCUUAAAGCUCUGAGUGAGGGAUGUCCACUGUUGGAGCAAUUAAACAUUUCCUGGUGUGACCAAGUAACCAAGGAUGGCAUCCAAGCACUAGUGAGAGGCUGUGGGGGUCUCAAGGCCUUAUUCUUAAAAGGCUGCACACAGCUAGAAGACGAAGCUCUCAAGUACAUAGGUGCACACUGUCCUGAACUGGUGACUUUGAACUUGCAGACUUGUUUACAAAUCACAGAUGAAGGUCUCAUUACUAUAUGCAGAGGGUGCCAUAAGUUACAGUCCCUCUGUGCCUCCGGCUGCUCCAACAUCACAGAUGCCAUCCUGAAUGCUCUAGGUCAGAACUGUCCACGGCUUAGGAGCAGGCUGCCCUCUGGGGAAGUGGCAAGGUGUUCUCAAUUAACAGACGUAGGCUUUACCACUCUGGCUAGGAAUUGCCAUGAGCUCGAAAAGAUGGACCUGGAAGAGUGUGUUCAGAUAACAGAUAGCACAUUAAUCCAACUUUCUAUACACUGUCCUCGACUUCAAGUAUUGAGUCUGUCUCACUGUGAGCUGAUCACAGAUGAUGGAAUUCGUCACCUGGGGAAUGGAGCCUGCGCCCAUGACCAGCUGGAGGUGAUUGAACUGGACAACUGCCCACUAAUCACAGAUGCUUCCCUGGAGCACUUGAAGAGUUGUCACAGCCUUGAGCGGAUAGAACUCUAUGACUGCCAGCAAAUCACACGGGCUGGGAUCAAGAGACUCAGGACCCAUUUGCCCAAUAUUAAAGUCCACGCCUACUUCGCACCUGUCACUCCACCCCCGUCAGUAGGGGGCAGCAGACAGCGAUUCUGCAGAUGCUGCAUCAUCCUAUGACAAUGGAGGUGGUCAACCUUGGUGAACUGAGUAUUUAAUGACACUUCUAGAGUUACAAUGGAGUCUCCAGUGGAAGCAACCCCAGUGUUCUGGGCAAGGGUUACAAAGUGAGGGCAGCGUCCAGAUCCCUGAGGCACACAUAACAUGCACACCCAUCCUCACCCCCACCUUCUAGUUCUGUGACCAGGGGACUGAAGCCCAUGCCGGCUUUAUCAAGUGGAUUGGUGAACCUUAACCAUUCCUGUUGGACAUGCCAAGAAGAAAAUCAUAGGCAAGGUAGAGGGAAGGGGGCAUUCCAGCAAACCCAGUGUUAUUGCUAUUGCAGUUUCUUCAUUUUGUUAAGGGGUUUCUUUGGUGAUUUUGGAACAGCAACUGCAGUCCUCCAGGGUCAAGGAAAGCAUAGAGAAACAGUAUAUGUUAUAUCCAGGGACCAGAAAGAAAAUUUCUUUGCAUCCUAUAAAUGAUAGCCAUCCAUCGUGAGAUGACUACAGAGCUUCUCUGCUUCCUUGUUCCCAUGCCAACAUGCUGAGCAUGCUCACAAAGAAGGCUCAUCCAUUCCUCCUCCUGUGUUUAAGUAUUUGGCCCAGAGGUUUCCUAAAUGGUUGCGCUGAAAUCGCUGUGGUCCAAAUGUGCUUACUCACUCAAAUUGUCACUCUCGGUAGCACACUUGUGCACCUGUCUUUCGUUCUUUGUUGCUCCCUCCUGCACUCUUGCUCAGUCUGUCACCUGUUCAUAGUCUGCUUACUCACACUCAAUUGUUACUCUUUUGCUGUUGUGUUUACAGUGUGCAUUUUGGAUGAUUAGUUGGGGUUACCAAACAUUUUUUAAAAAGACAGUAUCAAUAAAUAUUUUUUUAAUUCUAAAUUUUACCAUUAGGGGACCCUGCCUGAAUCUUUGCCAACCUGAAGAGAAACUAUAACAAAAAUAAGAAAUGUUAUGAGAAGAAAUUGAGCUAAAACUAUUUUGACGAAAACAAACUUUGCCUUUUGGUUUCUGUUAUACCUUGUGAUAUAUAAUAAUACGCAUGAUAUACCCAAUAUCCCCCUGCACAUUUUUCCUUCCAUCAAACUCCACUAACUUAAUAAGGAGAGAGAAAUGCAUUAUUAGUAAAGAAUGGAAUGGUGAAUCCCAAAAUUGAGCCUGAAGGCCCCCCUACCCACACUCAGACAUGUCAUAUGUUCACUGAAAUCGAGGUGUGAGUGGUAUCAUCCCUGAUUUGUGUCUGUGAAGUUGUUUGCUUUAGUACGAAUGCUGCUACAGUUGCUGUGCAGUCUAGCUGGUCAGUUUCUCUCCCCACCCCCCCCAUUUCAGCCUAUCAGGGACACAAGAAUGACCCUAGAAUAGCUGGUCAACUAUAUGUCAGUGUUGGUGGUGUAUUUCAAAUGUUGGCGCCAGAACCACUUCAAAACCUGUCAACCAUAUCUCUCUUGUGCUCCAGACUUCCUGUGAAUGAAAUAGGGGGGUAACCAGGUGAAGGCUUUGGGGCAGGAGAAAGAAAACAUUGAGAGGAAGUAGGGGGUUCAGUGUCUCUGCCCAGCAUAGUCACCAGAGCCGAAGGCAGGUAAUCAGUGUCCAUGACUCAAAGAAGAGGCUUCCUUUCUUCUUCCUUCCUCCCCCUCAAAAAAUCAUAAAGGAUGAGGGAAAUAAGAUGAGUUUCUCAAGUAUGAGAAGUAGAUUUCUAAACCCCAAGGUUGAACAUCUUGUGUGAUUUUUUUUAAUAGGACUUUUUUUUGGUGGGGGGGUCUUUUAGGACAUUAUCGCGCAGUCUGCCAUGAUCUUAGAUCAUCUUCUGCAUGACCUAGACUGUUAUAAGUCUUGUUGUAAUGCUUCAGGUGCUGGCUCUACCAGCAUAUGUAAGAAUAAAGUAGAACUUCUUUCUCCAAAAGCAAUCAGAUGAAAGGGUCCUAGAAAUCUGUAUGAUUCACCAUUAUCUUGCAUGUUAAAUUUAUUUUAUUUAAAAAUUUUUUUAAUGUCUAUUUAUUUAUUUUGGGAGAGGCAGAGAGAGAAUCCCAAGCAGGUUCUGUGCUGUCAGCACAGAGCCUCACCCUGGGCUCAGUCUCAUGAAUCAUGAGAUCAUGUCCUGAGCCAAAAUCAAGAGUCCGACGCUUAACCAACUGAGCCAUCCAGACGCUCCUGCAUGUUAAAUUUAUUUAAAUCCUACUUUGUUAUGCCCUUUUAAAGGCUCAGAUUUCUUCAUUUCCCCUUCCCUUUAUCUUCUUUUCAAAUUAUCAUAUGAGGAAUAUACUUGAAAUUUUUUUUUUAUUUGAGUGUAGUCAACAUAGGAAUAUACUUUUUAAAAUGAGACUCAUUGUUAUGCUCCAUCCAUACAAAUACACACAUAUGCACACACACUUCCAGAUAUGGUUAAUAAUAUUCAGAUCCCCAGGUCACUCAUUCAAAACAAAAGUAAAAAGGAAAAUAUUUAGAGACCAUCUGCUCGAACAUAUUAUGGUUUGUUUGUUUUUUUGUAUUGCCUGAACAAAUUGACCGUAAAACACUGAUUGAUUAGUGAGUAUGGAUUUAAAGUGCCCACUAGUUGAGACUAUUAAUACCUCUUUACUUAAAAAGUACAUAAGUUUAAAACACCCUAUUCACCAAAACAUGAACAGCUUGGAAAUGCUGUUUCUCAACCCAAAAAGUGUACCCACGUGCAAGUCCCUGGGGACUUGCAUGGGUGAUCCCUACCCGUCUGGGCCAAGAACAAUCAAGUGAGAGGAAAAAGGAGUGUGCAGCACUGGCUUGUAUGUGGUCAGGCCUUGUUCCUUUCCAAGAAAACUUCAGGCCCAUCAAGGUUGGGAGGAAAUAUAUUUUUUAUGCCAGUCUGCAACCUAUACCAGCUGAUGAAAUGUACCAGGACUUUGAGAAUCCAGAACAUGGUAAGUUUUGGAUAAGUGGAAACGGUUCUGCCAUCUGAACAUAGUGCUUCCUGUCUCAAUAUCAGGGACACUUUUGAAAAUUUAGUAAGGCUUCAGAGGUAUAGGAAAACCUCUCCCUAGGAACAGCUUAUUGGUCCAUUUAUCUGACUCCCAAGUCCCUGAACUUUAUGCUUUCUAUGAUGAAAAAAAAUUCAGAGUGAAUGUAGAGAUUUGGGAUAAGUCAGAAGGUACCCUCAAAGCUAUUGCAUAAACCUGCAGGUAGCCAGGAGGAAUUAAUCAUUGUCUGUGUGGAGAACAUUAUUAACAUUAUUAAACAUCCAGAUCAUCUCUUUUUAAAGCAGCCUUUCCCCCCUUUUUCCAGCAUUAUUUGCUACAUCAAUAUCUUUUAUAGCCUCUACAUUGGCUCCGUCAAGAAGGGACUUCCUGUCUGCCUGAUUCCAGCCUUUUUUUUUUUUUUUUUUUUUUUUGCUUUGACUUCUCCCAUUUUCUUCUGAUACCCAUCCUUCUAUUUAAAGCCUCCAUCUCAUUCCCAACAACGCUGCUGAUUUAGCCUCAGUUGUCUCCAGUCUAGCUUCCUCUUUGGGUCCUUGUCCUGAUCUAGGCAAAGUCUCCUGGGCAGCUUUGAAUUCAGUAACUGUCGUGUGCCUGAGGCCAUUUUUCACUGGGUUGUCUCGGACAUUUGCUCACCAAAUUUGAAAUCAAGCUGUUGGAUAUGAGGAAUUAAGGAGAUCUGGCUUCAUCUUUUUUUCCCCUAAUAUUUGGAAUACGAAAGCACAUUGGUGCUCUUUGUAAAAAAUGUUGUCUCCUCCUAGUCUGCUCUUUAGUGGAUGUAAAAGUAUUUCUUAAAUGGUCUUUGUAAAUUUCCACAUUCAUUACGUUGAUUUAGCAGACCUAUAAGUCAGAAAUUUUACAUAUUCCUUAUAUCACAUAUUUUAGAGGGAAACCUGGCAAAUAUUUUUAUGAUGCUUUAUUUGGGGCUCUCCAAACCAUUUGAACUGUUCAAUACAGCUAUAAUACUAUAGCAGUCAAGUUCUUUUAUUUCUCCUAAUUGUCUUGUAAAAUACAUUGUUACCAGUUUGAUAGCCCACUAAUGCCCUGGUGGGGUGGGGGUGGGGGGCACUAAACAAGGUGUGCAGUGGAACUUGUCCAGGUAUGAAAUUGUAGGGAAGUGUGAGAGUAGCAUUGGAAGGAAGAGGGGACUUCCUGCCUGCCUGUGUGGGCAGCAUAUCCUUGGGU